UUACAAAACAAUGACACGGAAAGCAAUGAUUUCGAAUAAAGAAUUAUUUGCGAUUGGAGUUUUGGUCAUAAAUGUAGUCGUUCAAUGUAAAAAUGACUGCUGGACUUCUUUCAAUGCAAAGGAACAUUUCAAGAUCAUGGACGCACUUGAUGAUCGUUACGAGAAAGUUAGAAGAAAUUUUCAGCGAACCGUCGGAGGUCAAGAGUUUGAUAAAGAUAUGCUCGUGGCAAUGUUAAAAAGCCGUGGAAUCGCCUCACGUACUCUCGACGAGGCGCAAGGAAACCAGAAUGUGAUUCCCGCUGGAAUUAAUCUUGGUGGAUACUGCAUGAUGAAGAUGCCUAAGUCUGUCCUGUUCUUCCAUCGAAUGAAGCUGCGCAACAACACAGUGUUUCGUGUGACUGAUAUCAACAACGACUUCGCGAAUCUGAUAAUGAAAGCCUCUAUCGGUCUGAACGAUCUCCAUCUCUUUGGCUCUUAUGAUUUGACAAUUGCCACUAAGCCUGGAUACCUUGCCUAUGAACCUACUUUCGGACAAAUAGAACUUUUAUUAAAAAAUGUAAGGUACAAAAUGGAAGGACGCUAUCGAUUCUUGACGAAUAGAUUAUGUAUUGAAUUGAUCAUUUCAGAAGUGUUAAUAGACGACAUACUUAUGAUGUACAAAACUAAGAACUCUACGUCAUCGGUUAAACUACAUCGGAAAAACAUAAAUGUAUUCAUCGAAAGAUUACAAGUUGACUUAGACAAGUGGCUAAAAGAUUACUUCAACGACUAUCUCAUGUAUUACGUAGCUGCAGAUGACGAGGAAUUCUUGAAUUACAAUCGGGAAAAGACAAUAGCCCUUAACAACUUCACAGAUAACGCAAUUAACACGAUUAUCAAACGUAUACACCAUAUAAAAGCGGACGCCGUGCAACUACCCGCGUUCACUAUAUUCGUCACCAACGACAAGGAAGUCCGAUUGAGGGACGGAGUAUUACGAGGGCUGGAUAGUAUUUACAGACGGGCGAUAGCUACCGGCACUAAGGACAAAUUAUUAAAAGAUAUUAGAAAAGUUGAUACUGUAGUCGGCUUCAGCGAUUUGAAGCUAAUAUACAGAUAUGACGCAAUCCUUAAAUCUGGCCUACCCCCUGUUACCGGUAUUCUGAUAUUGACGGCGGAUGAGUUGACUGCACAUAUGGGACUUCGUUUGGUCAAGACACCAGACACAGCUGAUUUGAGCUUUAGAUUCUUGGAACAAGCAAAGCCAGAAUCUUUAACCGUGGAAGGUCCAGCAAAUAGAAUGAUAUCGAACUUCAAAUAUUUGCUUGAACGCCAUAUAAUUGCCAUUAUGAGUAACACCUUGAUGCAUAAUAUAAAUAUGCUUGGGACAUUAGACAAAUGCAUUCCGUUACUUCCAACGUUUAAAGAACAAAGUGAACAGAAUCCUUCUCAAGAAGAAAACAGAGAAGAUAAUAUGUUGGUAAACAUAACUAGUUUCUUUGAAGCAGCUUUGGAAAAAAGUAAUAUAUCACGAGAUGAUUCUCCAGCUCCCACAUAUGAUGGGUCGGAUGAACAUCGCCCUUUUAACAGCAGAGAAGAUAAUAUGUUGGUUAAUAUAACCGGUUCCUUUGAAGCCGCUUUAGAAAAAAAUAACGUAUCAAGUGAUCAUUCUCCAGCUCCGAUGUAUGAAGGGUCAGAUGAACAUUACUCUGUUAACAGCAGAGAAGAUAAUAUGUUAAUUAAUAUAACUAGUUCCUUUGAAGCUGCUUUAGAAAAAAGUAACGUAUCACGUGACAAUUCUCCAGCUAUGGUUUAUGAAGGGUCAAUUGAAGAACAUCCUAGCAACAGCAGAGAGGAUAAUAUGUUAGUUAAUAUAACUAGUUCUUUUGAAGCAGCUUUGGAUAGAAGUAAUAUUACACAUGAUAAGACUUUGACAGGUGUUAACGGCCCUAGCGAAAAUGAAAAUACAGUGAGGAAUUUUAAUUAUUAUCAUAGACGACUUCCGCUAAGAGUCGUCCCGUUAAAAAGAAACGUCAACCACUUUAAAAAAUCGGUAAAACAAAACACGUAAACAUAAUUAGUACAAAAUAAAUGUUGUGUCU